UGUGUUUCGCUUUUCUCUCUUUCACGUAAUUAUUAUUAUUAUUAAUAUUAUUAUUUUGGGAGGUGCGGUGUGUUCUCUGCUAUUAUCUCUGUCAAUUAUACCAAUUAAAGCAGAUUUCUAAUUUUUAAUUUGAGUUACUACACCAUCUACAUAGUGUUCCAGAUAAACGGAAAUGUAGCCAAAAAAUGAAAAUCAAUGGAAAGGAUGGAUUCCUUUUUCUGAGUGAGUGAUAAAACUAAAGGGAAGUGAGAGUCGGAAGUCGGAGGGGAAACUCAUUAUCUACUUUAACCACUUAAAGCUGCUUUAGUUGAGAAAACGGCUUUUACUUGGAGCUUCCUCAGAGUUCUAGAAUGGGCUAAAAAGUUGCACUUCUCUUUUGUUGGGAGGUGUACUUACUCAGGCAUGCAGAGCUCUUUAUUGUCUAAACCAAUUCCUUGAUGUCUUUGACUUUGUGUUUGAAGAAGGCCUUAAUUUUUUAUACGCAGCUUGCUGAGGGGAACACGGCAAUUGCUCUUGCAAUGACAGUGGUAUCUAACAUGCUGGGAAUCUUGAUUAUUCCAUUUUCCAUCUCAAAAUUCAUAGCUGAUGGAGUUGGUGUGCAUGUACCUACUGCAGAGCUUCUUAGAAGUCUUCUUCUCACACUUUUGCUUCCUUUGAUCUUGGGGAAAGUUUUAAGAGAAUCUUUCAGAGGGCUGGCAAACUUCGUUGACCAUAACCGUAAAGUUUUUCUGAAUAUCAGUGCAGUAUUCCUCAGCUUAGUAAGGCCUGAAAUUUCAUUUUUCCAGUUCUAUUUUACAUAUAAUGUUCUAGUAUCAAUUAAUUUUAACUUGCAUUGUGAUGAAACAAUUUCUCUUUUCUCUUGA